UCCACAAAAACUCCACGUGUCUUCAUCAAGCUACUUCUCAGUUCUCUCGCACUCUUUCUUCAACCUCUCUCAGUUUUCCUGAGAAAAUUUCAAUUUUCUCGAGAAAAUUUCCACUUUCUAUACCUUAUCCACCUGCUCCCAAACAAUUCCACCAGUACCUUUUAAAUUUGUUCAGCUCAUGCUAUCCAAAUUACUAAAAUGACCUCACUCUCAAUCCCAAACCCUUCACCUCUCUCCACAAAAUUCCAUAAACCCAAACUCAAAUUCAACAACCCCUUCCCAUUCCCUAACCGGCGACUCAUCUCACUCUCCGGAGACCGGAAAGGAUACUCCGGUACAGCAAAAGCACGUUCCAAAACAAAAGAAAUCGUACUCGGAAACCCAUCCGUCACACUCGAGAAAGGAAAAUACAGUUACGACGUGGAAACCCUAAUUAACAAGCUAAGCAGUCUACCUCCACGUGGCAGCAUAGCACGAUGUCUAGAAAUCUUCAAAAACAAGCUUUCAUUAAACGACUUCGCUUUAGUAUUCAAAGAAUUCGCUCAACGCGGUGACUGGCAAAGAUCACUGCGGCUGUUCAAAUAUAUGCAGCGCCAGAUUUGGUGUAAACCUAAUGAACAUAUCUACACUAUUAUGAUUAGUUUGUUAGGUCGUGAACGCCUUCUUGAAAAAUCCGCAGAGAUUUUCGAGGAAAUGCCCAAUCAGGGCGUGCCACGGAGUGUUUUCUCCUACACGGCAUUGAUCAACUCGUACGGCCGUCAUGGUAAGUAUGAGGUUUCUCUUGAGCUUUUAGAGAGAAUGAAGAAUGAGAGAGUUAGUCCUAGUAUAUUAACUUAUAAUAGUGUGAUUAAUGCUUGUGCUAGAGGAGGAUUGGAUUGGGAAGGUUUGUUAAGUUUAUUUGCUGAAAUGAGACAUGAAGGUAUGUUACCUGAUAUAAUUACGUAUAAUACUUUGCUUAAUGCUUGUGCUAAUAGAGGUCUAGGUGAUGAAGCUGAGAUGGUUUUUAGGACUAUGAUUGAAGGGGGUAUGGUGCCUGAUAUAACAACUUAUCGGAAUUUAGUGGGAACUUUCGGGAAAUUGAAUAGGUUAGAGAAAGUUAGUGAAUUGCUGAAGGAAAUGGAGUCUAGUGGUAAUUUACCUGAUAUAUCGUCGUAUAAUGUGUUGUUAGAGGCGUAUGCGACUCGGGGAAAUAUUAAGGAUGCAAUGGGUGUUUUUAGGCAAAUGCAGGAGGCUAGAUGUGUGCCUAAUGCGGACACGUAUAGUAUGUUGUUGAAUUUGUAUGGGAGUCAGGGGAGAUAUGAUGAUGUUAGGGAGCUUUUUUUGGAAAUGAAAGUUAGUAAUACGGAGCCCGAUGUUGCUACAUAUAAUAUACUCACUGAGGUUUUUGGUGAAGGUGGGUAUUUUAAGGAGGUUGUUACGUUGUUUCAUGAUAUGGUGGAGGAGAAAGUUGAGCCUAAUAUGGGGACUUAUGAAGGGUUGAUUUAUGCUUGUGGUAAAGGAGGGUUGUACGAAGACGCUAAAAAGAUUUUACUUCAUAUGAAUGAGAAUGGAAUAGUGCCAAGUUCAAGGGUGUAUACGAGUUUUAUUCAAGCAUAUGGACAAGCUUCUUUGUAUGAAGAGGCUCUUGUGAUAUUUAAUACAAUGAAUGAAAUGGGAAGCAUGCCGACUGUUGAGACUUAUAAUUCUCUGAUUUACAUGUUUGCAAGAGGGGGACUUUAUAAAGAACUGGAAGCAAUUAUGUGGAAAAUGAAUGAAUCUGGGGUUCCACGAAAUGAAGACACUUUUAAUGGCAUGAUUGAAGGUUAUAGGCAAGGAGGUCAGUAUGAAGAAGCCAUCAAGACUUAUGUUGAUAUGGAAAAAGAGCGAUUUCAGCCAGAUGAGCAAACCCUAGAGGCUGUUUUGAGUGUGUACUGCACAGCAGGUCUUGUUGAUGAGAGUGAGGAGCAAUUUCAGGAAAUCAGAGCUACAGGAAUACUGCCUAGUGUUAUGUGUUACUGUAUGAUGCUGGCUGUUUAUGCAAGAAGUAACAGAUGGGAUGAUGCCUACAGCAUGCUUGAUGAGAUGGUCACAGUUAAGGUCUCAAAUGUUCAUCAAGUAAUUGGACAGAUGAUUAGAGGAGAUUAUGAUGAUGCUUCUAAUUGGCAAAUGGUGGAGUAUGUAUUUGACAAACUCAAUUCUGAAGGAUGUGGUCUGGGAAUGAGGUUUUAUAACACACUUUUAGAAGCACUCUGGUGGCUGGGUCAGAAAGAAAGGGCAGCAAGAGUGCUUAGUGAAGCCACAAAGCGAGGACUUUUUCCUGAACUUUUUCGUAAAAGCAAACUUGUAUGGUCCGUGGAUGUGCACAGGAUGUGGGAAGGUGGUGCAUAUACAGCAAUAUCUGUUUGGCUCGAUAAUAUGCAUGAGAUGUUAUUGAAGGGAGAGGAUCUUCCUAAUCUGGCGUCUGUUGUUGUAGUAAGAGGGCGGAUGGAGAAAAGCUCAGCUUCACAAGAUCUCCCUCUCGCGAAGGCAGUCUAUUCCUUUCUGCAGGAUAACGUUUCAGCAUCAUUUUCUUUUCCUGCGUGGAAUAAAGGUCGAAUUACCUGCCAGCGGUUUCAGCUCAGGCGUAUUCUGCCCGGCUCUGAAUCAGUUUCCGAUGAAGAUAAAAAAGAAAAAAUUAUUACUUUAAGUAACUCUUCUUUGCACCCUAAGACUAGAACAAGAACAGGUGGUGUUAAUAGUAGUUCACAUGAAAAAUCAAAAUCUGAAACAAGAACAAGAACCGGUGCAGAGCUCAUGACGAGCUCGGUUUGAGUUGACAAUAUUACUAAUCAGUGCAUCUAUUUUAGUUAAA